AUGUCAUCAUUAGAGAAGAUGAAGAUUCAGGGAAUCCGUAGUUAUUCCCACAUGGAACCCAGUGUUAUCGAGUUUCAGAAGCCACUAACUUUGAUUGUUGGACCUAAUGGAGCAGGGAAGACGGUAACUUUCUUUCACCCUUCACACCUUAACAACAGUACUUAUUUUCUCCAUCCUGUUCUCUUUACAUUCACAGAAAAGGAGAACUCUUGUAACAGUCAAGAGCUUCUUUAGUUGGUGAUCAUUUCCUAUAUUCUCGUGACCUUAUUGUUUGAUUCAGGAGUGAUAUUGUAAGGAGAAAUUAGUUGCUAGUUGUUCAUAGGAGUCAAAGUGUUAUUUUGAUCAGCUAUAAAUAAUUUAAUAGAAAUAUAGCUAGCAAAAAUUUUUGAAAUAAUGUAGUUGAUCCCUAACUGUUAUUAUAGCUGAUUACAAUACUUUUUGCUGUCUUAUGUUUUACAGUCUGUUAUUGAAUGCCUGAAUUACAUGGCCACAGGGGACAUGCCUCCUGGCAGCAAACAAAGUUUAUUUGUGCAUGACCCCAAGGUAAUGUAUUCAACGUUUGUUUUUCUGAAACGGGUGCAAUUAACAGAAAACUGUACUCAGAUCUGUAGCCAUCCUCUAGGAGAAAGAUUGAGGAGAACUUUUUAUAUUGAUUAAAGGACCAAUUGACGAGCUGAUUUAUUUAGAGUGUAUCUGCCUUUAUACAUUUUCCACUGUUCAGUUCCUUUAGGGUUGUUGUGUUUAGAUAUGAGACAUGAAGUUGAUUACUGUGUCAAAGACCUUUUUGAUUUUAAUGUUACAACUGAUAUAAUGAAACAUUACAUGACUCUGUUAUAUGGUUUUCCAUUUAUAAAUAAUUUUCCAUGCUAAUUCAAAGACUUGUCAAAACACAUUACCUAUAAAAAUUUCCACCUUUCAUGUAAGAGCUGUCAUGAUUCAAUUUUUGUUCUCCUAACUAAGGUUGCAGGUGAACAAGAAGUACGUGGGCAAAUAAAACUGAAAUUCAGGGACGUCACUGGUAGUCCUAUUGUUGUAACCCGUACAUUGGUUUCACUGCAAAAAGUAUGUACACUUAGGAUAUUUAUCAACAUUACACAAGUUUGAAGAUGGAUUAUACUCUCUUCAAACAAUUUUGAGGUUGUUGAAAGAGAGAUAGUCGUUGAUACACCCACAGUACCAUCACUGGCACUUGAUAGUAGUCUUGUGUUUUGAAAUCAAAUGUGAAAGUUAAUGCAUUUGUUUUUUCAUUAUAGGGUAAAAAGAUUGAAACAAAAACUUUAGAGGGAAAUGUCAUGAGGGAGGUCCAUGGAGAGGUAAUGUACACUGUACUCCCUGGAAAAAUUUAUACUCAAAUUAUUAGACAGCACACUGUUCACAAUUUCUUCAUUAAAAGAGUUAUAGAAAAAAAAACUUUAUAAUUUGUAAUGGACACUCAGUGAAUUUUCCUGCAAUCAUGAAAAACUUUUUUUGAUUGCCUGUUCUAGAGACUGAGUUUGAGCUCAAAGUGUGCUGAUAUCAACAGAGAGGUAAGCACACGCAUGUAUACACUUGAUGUUUAUGCAUUUUAUGGCAAGUUACAGUAACUAGAUUAUAAGUAUAGUACAUUUUUUCAAUUAUGAAUAAAUGAUAAUUAGUUCUGUGUACCAUGCAGUCAGUGCAAAAUAGCUGAUUUUUUAUGCAUGCUAUUUCAGAUGAUUUCAUUUCUUGGAGUAUCUAAAGCAGUGUUGGAUAAUGUGAUUUUUUGCCAUCAAGAGGAAUCUAACUGGUAGGCAAUUGACAAAAUUGGUAGAUUGAAGAUUUGUACUAAAGUGAAGGAAAACUGACGUUGCACAAAGGACCAUGAUAUAGCUGAACUGUAAACUUUUGCAAGGCUUAGAUUGUUUUGUUGAUUUUCGUUUCUAGUCUUUGAUUUUAGAAAUAAUAUUUUCCAUAUUAAUGGACCAUUUGGCUCUUUUAUCAGGGGAUUGUUCCAUCAUAUGUAGAUGUGGCCAAAGUGCACUUAAAUUGUAAAUGGUCAUGUUAUUCCUACUUUAGUUAUCUUAUUAUAAAUUAUUUCUUCAAACCUGAAAAAUAACAUUUAUUAAAACAAAUUUGUACAUCAACUUUUAAGUCCAUUAAUUGAUCCUGAAGGAGUCUUUAUCAGAAUUAUUAGUAAGUGGAAAUACUGCAAUAAUUAUAUGUAGUUUCUUACAUGCCACACAUUUUGCCUGUUCCAUCCAACCUAUUUUCUGUCCUAUGUUUGAGUAAAACACAAACCUCCCAAGUAAGUGUAAGUUUCAUUAAGUAAGUUUAAGUUACUUAAGUUUACUAAUCUGAGAACUUAAUUUGUUUGUACUGGAGGCUUGUUUGCCUGUUGUAUUAUACAGUACUAGUAAUAGCUUAUCAUUGGUUUCAUUUUUCAUGUUAAUACUGUAAGUAUGUUGUGAGAAACUAUACACAUUCCCUCAUAUUGUCCAUAUUAGUGAACAAGAGUCUUAUAACUGAUUAGAAAAACAUGAACAUGCAUUUCUGUUAAUUACAGGCCGCUUAGCGAAGGAAAAGUGCUCAAACAAAAAUUUGAUGAAAUCUUUGCUGCCACACGGUAUACAUGAUUACUGUACAUAAUGUGUGAAGUAUGGUAAUGAUUUGAUCAAGUGCCCUUGAUGUCCCCCUUAAAGUUGUUUUUGUUAAGUAGCACCCUCUGUUCUAUUAAGCACUUGAACUUCAUAAGCAGGUCCCUCAUUCUAAUGAGUGACUUUAAUCUGUUUUGCUUUCAUUAGGAUGAAAAUAUUUACCGAGUGUAUAUUUGUCCUUUUACAGUUUCUGCUUUUGUUCAUUUUUGGGUAAUCAACAAAAAACUUUAUUUCACACAUUCUGCUUUUUCUUACAAAGAAAUAAUUGUCCUGUCCCUAAUAAGUGCCCUGUGUCUAGUAACGGCUCUCCCUUGAGGUACCACAAGUAAAUAAGUGACCCAUGUGCAAAAUUCAAUCAUUAUGGUGCAUGUAUUCAUAUCACUGCAUAUUUUUUCAAUGUUGAAGUAUAUGCUUGUCUACAGAGUACCUUUAUUGAAUGAAUAAAUUUACCAAAUAUGGUUCUAAAUGAUAACAUAAGAAAUGUCUCGUAGCAAGUUAAAUUAGCUUUUAAUAAAAGUGUAGGAAUUUUCUUACAAUACCUAGUCGGUUAAUUUAGCAUGUUCUGGUAAAGCUAGAAUUCUUAUUUGAGUAAGUGAUUUUUGCAGAAAUUGAUUUUAAGUUUUUCUUAAUUCACAUUUUUAUAAGAUACAUAAAAGCUUUGGAGGCAAUUCGCAAAUUUCAAAAAGAACAGGUUAGUGCAAUUUUAAAUGCUGUGAUUGUUGUUAGUUAUGUAUCUGGGUUAAAGUUCAAUGAAAGAAUUCUCUGCAUGAUGCCAGAUGAGAAGUAAAAUAGCAAGAUGGUAUCACAUAUACUUAAAGCAUCUGUUUGUUGAGUAUCUGUAGAGGGUCAGUCAAUAAUUAUAUUGGCUGAUACUUGACAGGCACUUGGCUAAAACUUGACAGACACUUGGCCGACACUUUGGUUGGCUCUUGCUACUGAGUUCUGUCUUCUCUACUCAAAUACUUAUUUUCUCUAGUCCUUGGAAACUCUUCUUUUGUGUUCCCUGCAGGUGAGGGAAAGAGGCUCAGAGAUGGCUGUCAUUCCAGCAAAAUAAUAGUUAACAAUACAAUACUACAAGUGCUUUUCAUUCAACUAAUUUAUUCUUGUUUUCUUGUCACCAUAUUCCCACCAAUAACACAGCUUCUUUUUCCACAUAUAAACCCACACACAAACCACAAUUCCUCCAAUUGCUCUGAAAAAGGGCUAAUGCUCAAAACAUCAGCCUUUUAACUCUUUAUGGUGGCCAAUUUAUGUUUUCAACUCAGUUUUUAACACUAAAUUACUUGCUAUACUCUCCCACCGACGCAGCACUGCAGUUUCUUAAGAGACUUACCCCCUUUAUUCACGUGUACUACAGACAGUACACUGAUCAACAAUCCACUGAUACACUCAACUGAUAUGCUGCUGACUGUUAUGAGCAACUUAAUGGUCAAGUUGUCAGCUGAGUGUCAACUGACAUACCAACCAAGUAGUGACUGAUGGUGGCAACUUGAAUAAGGUGGCAACCGACAGUCUGUCAACAUACUGACUGAGUUUUGACGGACUCUCAGUUGACAUGUAGGCUCACAGUGUUGGUUGAUACUCAGCCAACAGAUGCCUUAAGUAUGCAAGAUAUUAUAAAAUGUUGUAAUACAUUGUAUAUGAAUUAAGAAUGCAACUGUGAUUCUCACCGACUACAUGUACCAUUGGUUGCACCUUAUGGUUUUCCUGGUUUUGUUAAACCAUAUAUACAGUCAUGUAGAAGUGAAUAUCCAGUACAUAACUUACAAGGAAACUAAACAAGCAAUUUUACAUUAUCUGCUAUAAUUACAAAUACAGGAAGAAUUCUUGGUGUUUCAAUGUAUAAUUAUCCAUUUACAGGUUCAAACUGUGAAAGAGUAUUCUAUAGAACUGGCUCAUUUAAAAGCAAACAAAGACAAAGCAGUUCAGGUAUUACACUGCUUUUCAAUCUUGAUUUAUUUUUAUUGAAACAAAUUUUGUGACAUUUUUGUGUUUACACAUGAUGCAGCCGUCUAUUUCUUCUAAAUCUCAUGCUUGGUUUAUUUUUAGUGUUUGGUAGAAAGGAUUCUCAGUGAUGUCAUAAUAUAUUUUUUUAGCAAAUUCUGUGGCAUAAACUUGUCUCUUUUAUCAAAUCAUCUAUUUGCUGUUAUUAUUAGCCACCACAACUUACUUACCAUGAUCAUGUUGGGUAUUACACUGACUAAAUAGUGCUUAAGUCUGGCACAAGCGAACCAAUCAUAUUUAAUCCUUUGACUCCUAAGAGUGACUCACAUCUAAUUUCUCCUUAUAAUAUCCCCCCUGAAUCACACUUUAAGGUCACAAGGAAAAAAAAAGGAAAUGACCUCCAACAAAAGAAGCUCUUUACUGUUAAACAAAUUCUCCCUUUCAGCAACAUAGGUAAUGUGUUAAGAACAGUAUGGAGAUAAUACAUACUGAUGUGGGAUGUGAAGGGUUAAUAAUUUAUUUUAUUUUUUAUUUCACCUUUGACAUGUUAACUUAUAUUAAGAUAAUCUGAUUUUUCCGAUUUUCACAGAUAGAGGGUGAGAUGAAUGAAAGCAAAGGAAAGAUUGUAGCCACUAAAGAUACGGUCAAUGGGCUGAAUGCAAAACUUGAACCAGUGGAGGUAAUGAAGGCUGACUUUGUGUACAUCACUUUUACUUAUUGUACAAUGAUUAUACAUAGGCUGCCGUUACAAGUUUAGCUUCUUCCGAAAUCAAUGUGUUUAUUGUGUUGUAGAUGAGGUUAGCUGAACUGGCAGGAAUUGCUGAUGACGUGUUUGAAUUAGAGAAAAAAGUUGGUAAGUACUGUCUCAAUGUUGAACCUCUGUGGAAAAUAUUAUAUUUGUGAGUUUCUAAAUGCAUUACCACACCUGCCAAAGACAAAUACUAAAUUGUAUCACCUGUGAUACCAGUAGGUUGUAUAAUAGAGAAAUAUGUUUUUUCGUCUUGUCACGAGCGUGGGACAAAGAAAUAAUUCUGAGUUCCCAUGAGGAAUCGAACCUCAGACCUUCGGAUUCCGCGAAGGGAGGUUAUAAGUUAGUAAGUAUUUUAGAAGUUUCGAGAAGUUAAUAAACAUUCCUGGGUGACAUAUUUUAGAAGUUCGUGAUUUUCUCUAUUUGAGAAAAUUUUUUCGUCAAAGGUAUUCCAGUUAAUAAAAAUCGUUUGAAAUGAACUACAUGUGCAUGUAACUUAAGUCCUAUAUAAAUUUUCUCCUCUGUAUUUUAGAGUCUUUGUUGACAGAAAAGAAGCAGCUGUCGAAAGUAGAGAUAGACCUGAAAGACAAGAUCAAUUAUCCUUUUGAUGGUAAUUUCUUUUUAACCCUUUUACACCCUACAUGUAUGAUCAUUAUGCAUAUUCUCCAUACUGUUUCCAUACAUUUCUUAAGGUGCUGACCAGAAGAAUUUGUUUAAUAAUCAGGGUUUUUUUAGUCGGUGAUCAUUUCCUUUAUUUUCGUUACCUUAACGUGUGAUUCAGGGUGAUAUUGUAAGGAGAAAUUAGAUGCUCAUCACUCUUAAAUGUUUUAAAAGAUCUUGAGAGUGACUGAGUUAAGAAAGAAUUUAAUAAAAACCAAAAAUGUUGCAGUAAACUUACAUGAAUAGUGCACCUGAAAUUCAGCAAUGCGAGAACUUCACUAUGUUAUAAGAAGCAUUUUUUUUGUCUUUUUGCCAAAUAUGAAUGCAAUUGUCAAGGGCUAUCCUAGUGAUCAGGUGCUGUAUUAUUUUUCAUUAUCAAACAAUCCAUCAGGUUCUGUGGAAGAUUUACACAAGAUCUUUUCUGAAUUUCAAAGUAGAGUCUUGGAGAAGGAAAAAACCUUACAGGAGGUAAAUCAGUUGUGACAUGUGAAAAAACGUUAUUUUGUUUAUCGUAAUCAAUUUUGUAUUUUCACUUGCGUGAUGUAAGCUCUUUUGAAAACGUUAUUUUUUCCUACUGUGCAAAACAUACAUUUACUGCGAAGCAUACUGAUGUUGAAUGGCAAAAAAGUGUAUUUCAUGAUCAUACAAUUGUUCCUUCUAGAGUGAAGGCAAACUACAGAAAUUGUUCAAAGAUCAGCAAAAGCUUAGUGAGGAACGAAACAAGUUGUUGUUGGACCAUGGAAAACUUGAACAGGAAGCAAAGGUAAGAAGGUAACCGAAAAACUCGCGUAGUUGUAUAUGACACGCGUGCAUCGUGCAUGUGGGUAAGACCACAUCGCUAACGGUGGUUUACAUCUAAAGAAACACAAACAAGAAAUUAAGUGGUACAUUCACCAAAGGCUUCUUCUCCACAACUGGAGUUUCCCUGCAAUAUCUGCAGACGGUUCAUUCAUUUUUUCUUUCGUUACCUUCUCUACAAAGGCCACCUCUAAGUAACGGCGCGACAGCCGUGACAGCCGGGAAAGCGCGUUCCAAUUGCUAAAAUUAGCUCUUAUCAAUGAUCAGUUUUAAAUACUGACCGAUGAGCAGCUGAAUGCGUAACAACUCUCUCAAAUAGACGAACCAUUUAAGCUUAAUUUAAUUCUUCCUUCUUGUAACAGCCACGUCUUUAAAUCUUUGUUCCCAAAGUGGCUUUGUGGAGAGGUUUUAAUGUAAAUAGACUUGUACCUCCACCAGCUUCCUGGAGGUGGUGAAUGGUAAAGUCAGCGUUUGAGCUAAGCCAGAGCUUAUCCUGCUCUUUUUUUUGGUGUACCUUGAAGCGACAAGGUGUACUGAUACUCCCUCCCUAGAUGGGAUACUUGUUGACCGUGCGCGAGAAAAUUCAGAGUAACAGUUGCAACUAGGACUGCAUUUGAAGCAACAAACAUAACUUAAUAUAAGUUUGCAUUAUAUGAUUUAUAGAGGCACGAGGAGAAUCUAAUCGAAAGAAAUCAGAUUAUUGUAAAGAUUGCUGAGGAUUAUGCCUUUAAAGGUAAAGUAGCGAACACUUUGUUUUAAUUGUGUAUUGAAUCCAUGCUCUGCAUCGGAGUGUCAGGUUUUCCCUUCAGAUAAUGGUUAGGUAUGGUUUUCAAAAUCUUUGUGGUCAAAAGUUUCCCUACGUGGAUCAGACUUCAAGCACCAGGUUGGAUUCUUAGCAGCUGGCCAAUGUCUUGUUGCCAAUGUUCGUUGGCGGAGCACUUUACACUCAUAGUGCCUCUUUCUAGGUAGGAUAAUAAAUGGGAGCCGGAGAACUGUCAUCGAAGUCUGAUGAAAUACUGGGGGCUAACUUUUAUGCACAGGCACAUCCCAUCCAGAAGGCAGGUGUUUCAGUGAAAGUCGCUUACCGGCGGUCUACCGCUGCCCAUAAGACCUCUCACUGUCGUUUGUUUAGCCUGCGAGCACUUAGGCCCUCGUGUUUGGGUUACGCGUGACGGCAGAGCCGUCUUUUACACCUAUCGGCAGCUGCUCGUGGAAAAAGUUAUUGAAAUCCUUGAGAAGGGAAAGUAAUAAUCUCAGUUACUUCGUUUCCCAACAACAGGGUUAAGCUUUGAAGAUGCAUGUUUACAGGCCAGGCAUGCUAGAAUUUUUUAAUGUUUUUGUUCAUUUUUUUUUAUUCAAACAAAUUUUUCCUUCACAAUCUCUUAGGCUGAAUCUAACUACAGGUGAGGUAAUUUAACGCUGACUACAAUUUGACAUAUUCGUAUUUUAUGAAGGUUAUGACGAAGGCCCUUUUUCGGAGGAGAGAGUAGAUCAGUUCAUUGGUGAAAUGAAGAGGAAAUUCAAAGAUAUUGUUGAAAACGCAAAACGUCAAAAAGUAAGGAGUUAGUCUCUUGUAAUAGGAGAGCAAACGGUGAUCUUGCACCGUAUUAAGCACUUGUUAAGUUGUCUCGUUUUGUCUUGUGUUUUUAGAUGACGUUAAUACAAGCAUUAUUUGUACCUAAGGCUUUCUACAAGGCCAAAACUCGAAGACAAUGCUUCAACUGUUUCACUAUCGUUUAAAGAAAACUAAAACAAAACAAAGUAAAACAACAACAAUGAAUACCUGAUACCUCGUAAGGAUGCAAACCUGUGUCUGUUCUGAUUUUUGGUGUUGCGCUUCUCUACCAACUGAGCUGUAGAGGCCUCAUUGGUUAGCCAGAAAAAAUAUUACACAAGGUUCAUAUUUGACGAUUGUUUUGCAUAAAAACAAAGAAAAUGUUUUUCUUCUUGUUAUAAGCGUGAGACUUAGAAGAAACUUUUGAGACUCCACGAGAGCUUUGUCAUCAAUUGAAAAACGAUGUUUACCCGUUUUUUUGCGCGCAGGGCAAAGUUAAAGUAAAGAAUGAAUCUUAUUUCAGCCCUCUUGACGUUUCUCUUGUUUUACUCGUCUUCAGUACCCUUGGUAAUAUUUCAAUUUUUUGCACAUUCGACAGCAAGUAUUUGAGGAGAAUUUGAACAAAGUACAAGCGAAGCUUGAUGAUGUGAAGAAAAGUCAAGCUCAGUGCGAGGAAACUAUUCGACUCAAGACCAAACUCAUGGUAAUGAAGCAUUUUUAGCGGAACUUUUUUUCCCGCACCUAAACGAUCACUAUGCAAGAUCAACUGACAUCUCCGGUUUCAAACCAUUUAAUAUUUCUAGUUUAUAGUUUUAUUGUGUUUUUCUGCCUCUUCCUCCCUUAUAUGUGUGCUUUUAAUUUAUAUAUUCUACUUUCUUACUGAAUACUGUUCUUGCUUUAACAGAGAGAAAAUCAACAGAAGCUGAGACAAAUCGGCCAGGAAUUGAGUAACGUAGACGCUUCAGCCAACAGACUAAAGACAUUGGAGGAGGAACUACAGAGGGCGGUGCGUUUGCUAUGAGAAGCUUGCUACUAUAGCUGGAGUUUGCUAUGAGAAGCUUGCUACUAUAGCUGGAGUUAAAGCAAUAUUUAUCUAGACAUCUAGGGUCGCUUCCACAUUACCCGGAGUUUUCAAGAAUGCAGCACGGAAACGGAUUUAAAGCUUUUAACCAUCUUAACCAGCGCUACGAAUGUGCGCUAAUAACAAAGAACUCGUUUACCCAACCCCCCUUCUUUCUUUUUGAAACCAAUGAAGAAUAUCAAAGAAGGUUUCAUUAUUAGUAUUUACUUUGAUACUUGAAGGGAAUGUGAAAGAAGAUAAUAGGGUUAUUUGCAAAUAUUUGUUUUAACUUCUAGGAAAGGGAUCUUCAAGAUGCUCAAAAGAGUGGUAACGUAGAUGACUUGGGUAAAGACAUUGAUAAACUUCAGACUGAAAAGCGUAAGGUUGAUAAUGAACUGCGCCAGUUACGGGAAGAACAGCAGGCUAUGCACAUGCAGUCUACCACACAGGCUAAACUGGACAUGCUGUCCAAGGAGAAAAACGACAAAGAGGAUACUAUACAAAAAAUGUAAGGACAAUGCACACCAAAAAGUUCUUGAGAAGUGGGUAAUAAAACCAUCGUAGCCAAAGUGUUGUGGCGGGAGCGGGGGCAGGAGGGGACGGGCUGGAGGAUUUUGGUUGUCACGAUAAAAUUUACUGACUCCCUCCAGAUGCUCUGUUAUAUUCUCAUGAUUUCCUUCCCCCCACCCCUCCCCCUCAUUUGCAGUUAAUUGGCAGUCGGUUCUCCUUAGUCCCCCUCUUUAGACUCUUUUAGAGACGACUGAUACCCUUACACUCCCUCUGAAAACCAUGUGACCCCCCCCAAAUUCCUCCACACACCACCACCACCCACCCAACUCCCGGCGACAAAUGAUGACUAAUCCCUAAUUUCGGCCGCAAUGACUCAUGGAUAAAUAUUUUUUACACCGUAAAUGAAUUUUAUGACUUGAUCCGUUUCCUUUAUUUUCUCUUUAACCUGCAAAGCUCUGGACUCGACUACUUUUGUUUGCCAUUUUUUUAUGCAGCAUGGAUCGCCACGAAGAAGACCUGAAAUCGACGUUUGGUGGACGGGGCACAUCAGAGAGCCUUUACACGAGACUACAAGAACACCUGAGAAAAAAAGAGAGAGAAUUGAAAGACUCCAGAAAUAAUCUACAGAAACUGAAACAACAGCUUUCUUCGACACAAACGCAUAAAAGGAUGAUUUUGUAAGUAGUACUCGUUAGCACUGAAUGUAAUGGGACGAAACACAGUACACUUUCGUUUACAUUGCGCUUCAAAAUUUUUGUCUUUACGCACGUAAAACAUGGCCUAUGAUGUGUUGCAUCAAUUCAAACGAUGCAUUAAAACAGUUUUCAACUUAGUACCGGGGGGCCUUUUGGGAAUGCACUAGACUGAUUCUAUUUCACGACGAAGCGUGAUAGGUAAGGAAAACUCGUGCCGCUCUCAACCAAUCAGGUGCAAAAUUGAACCAAUCACGGCUUGGUGAGCUGCAUUUACCCGCGCUUCGUGUUAAGUUAAUUACUUUGAGUACUUAUUGGCUCCUCGUGAUGUAAGCUUUGUUCUGAUAAGCUGUGAUAAUUUGUUUAGUUUUCAUUGUACGACGCUCAAUAUCAUUGCGCUGCAAGCGUGGCCAACCGAAGGAUAUCUAAUUUGUGUAUUUAUUUAUUUUAUGCGAAUGAUCAGCCCGCCCAUCGUUCUUCAGUAGCCCCAGUUUACAUUGGUCAAUAGCAUUGAAAAUGAAAUUUUAUACUAAGAUCGUUUCCUUUCUGACAAAAACUGAAUAAUCAUGUGGUUGAGAAAAUGUGCGUGACGCAAAAGUGUUUCGGUGUUUUAGAAAUACACUGUGCUUCCAUGGUACGCCUAAAUUAAAACGUGUCCAGUUAGACGAUUAAAACUUGUCUUGACGUAAUUAUUGUUAAACAGAGAAAACCUAAAAGACAAAGAGAAAGAAGCACAGUGGCACAAAAAGCAAAUUUCUGAGGUCUGUGGGGAAAAUGAUUACAACAACGCAAGGGAAACCAUCAAGGAAAGAAUUGCAAAUCUACAAGAGUAAGUACUCAAGCGUGAUUGAUGUUAUCAGGUAGGAGGCUACCUUGUUUUGUAACAUUGUGUACCAGUGUAUCACCACUCAUCUUCCCUUAUUUAGCUGUGCUACAAAAUGUUUUCUGUCCAUAGUGAUUCUGUGGAUCGGCGAAUUUUAAGUCGCAUUUGAUUUUCACUGGAAACUAUUAUGCUACUUUGAAAUGUUACCGAAGGGCAACAUAAGCGAUUACGCCUAGCUUGCAUAGCAAACUGUAGAUUCUUAUCGUAUCACUAAAUAUGGCAAAUGCAAUGAUAUUCAUGGGUUGCAAGACUCAAAGACGUGACAUGUUCACAGUUUUAUUUGUGUGCUUUUGAUGCAUUUCAUAGUGAACGAGGUAUCAUCGGCUCAUUGGAGAAAAUCUACUCCAAGUAUGUUUCUAAACUGGAUAGUGAAGAUGUCCACUCAAGUGGCUGUCCUCUGUGUCAUAGAACCUUUGAUAGUGACAGGCAGAUUGCUGCUCUUGUUUCAGAGGUAUUUAGUUCAUAAAUUUUCCUGGGGAUAUUUGCGAAAACCAGGAGGCCUUUAGUAGAGAAACUCAUCUUUGAUAAACAUCAGUUCUGCAAUGGUAGCAUGGAAACGAAGGAUGAUUUCGAGCUAGGAGAAAUUGUAUGUUGCUUAUUCAUUACUUUUUCAUGAAAACUCGCUCUAAGCACUCUGAGAAACUUGCCCCAUGUGGGUAAAAUCGUCCAACAAGCGUUCGCGCGAUUUAGAGGCUAUUAAAAUAGUUGAAUUGCUUGUGAAUUUCGAGGGACAAAGUAAACAUAUUUCUGUCAACAUUUUUGUGAUCUUGUUCAAAUUUCACAUUUUUAAACUGCAGAAAAUUUCCCUAGUUCAGGGGUUCACUGUGUCCUUCUUCUAAUUUGUAGUUGAGAAAUAAGAUUCGAACUCUCCCCGAGAGAAGAGUGUCGAUGGAAAGAGAGCUCGACCAAGAGCAAAAACGUUAUGAUCGCGUCAUUGAGCUGGCCCCAGCAAAAGAAACUGUAAGUAUGAACAACGUUGUGCCUUGCACACAGUUUUUGAAUCAUUCGGACAAUUUAGUUGGUCGUUGUCGCUCACUCAUUCAGCUAGUCAGUCGGUCGGCCGAUGGGUUGGUUAGACUGUCACUUAGUCCCUCAAUCACUCAGUGAGCUAAUCAGUCGGUCCCUCAGUCCGUCAGUCAAUCCAUCAGGCCGUCAGUCCAACAGUCCUUCAGUAAGUAAGUCGGUCAGUCAGUCAGCCAGUUCAUCAAUUAGACAGUCUGUCAACUGAUAGAUAGAUUGUAGAACUUUGAAAAUCGCAUGUAACUCGAAUAACUAGUUACUGGUCAUCUCCAUAGACAUAACCUGCUGUUUAUCAAUUUUUCUAGCUGGAAAAACUGGAAAACAACCGAAUUCCUGAGGCCAAAUCUAAACUGGAAGAGAUUGCAAGUGAGAUACAAAGAAUUGAGGAUAAGAUAACGGAGGUAAAACGAAAAAUGUUGAGUUUUGCAGGGAAAGUUAUUUUUGACGCACCUGUCUUGCUUUCAAAUCAGCUUUUUUUUUCUCGCAAUGUAAGGCUUCAUGUUUUACCUUGCACUGCUGUUUUUUAUUUUAAGUUGUUCUUACUUUUUUUUAUGUAAGACAGUUGUUUCCCAUCGUAGCCUGUGUUAUUCAUUUGUACAGUGAUCCAAACUGACAUAAACCUAACUGUUGACUCUUCCUCUCUUAAGCUUGAAGAUGUUCAGAGUUUGACCGAAAGCGAGGCGCAGAGUGCUCGAGAUAUGGAACCAGACAUUCGUAUGUUGGACAAAUACAAGUCAGAGCUGAAGGAAAUGGACAAGAAUAUAUCUUUGCUGCAGUCUAAACUCCGUGGAGUUGGUAAGAUUUUUUUGUUUCCAAUUGGAUCACAAGAAUUUGUUUUAGUCAGAACUUAAAAAUCGUUUGCAACUAGUCGAUUCGCUCUAAGUCAAUUGGGAAAAUUAGGGGGGGGAGGCUGUUUCGUUUGUUUGGCGUUUUUUUUUGGUAAUUAUUUGUUCACUGAUUUAAUUUUUUUAUUUUCCUUAUUUUAGCGCCAGGUAGAACCAUGCAGUCAGUUUCAAUUGAAAUCACCGAUAGACAAGAUCGCUCGUGAGUACCAAUAUCACAAAACUUUCAAUUUGCUUUCGACUGUGCUGAUCCCAGCAAUAUGUACAUUGAGACGCUUGUUUCAUAUGAUUGAAGUAAUGACCUACUAGUUCACUUAGGAGUUUUCUGUAGCUUAAUGGUGUCGGUUUGGAGCGAAGAAUGGGAAGGUCUGGGCACGAUUCCUCUCGAAAUUUUUUUCGUUUGGGUUUAUUGUCGAGCCCAGAAUUUACUAUCUCUCCUAUUCUAUCUUAAAAUAAUUGUUUCCAUGGCUCAUGAAGGUUCCUCAUUGGUUUAAGAUUAGAUCUGAGGUCUCCCCUUACUGCAGUUUUGCGCUCAAAAAUAUUUUAUUUCACAUUUGAUCAGCCAAAGUGAUUUAUAAAGACGAUUCCUUUAGUUUUGAUUCAGAACUGCCCGCUUUUCAGUUAAUUCCUAUUGAAUUUUUCCCACUGUUCUGUUGGAUUUUUUUGUUCUCCUGGAAAUAGAGGAAUUCUUUUAACUCCGGUCGUUCUUGAUUUUAUGUCACUCAACAGUGUUACCUCGUUUUAUUAUUACUCUUAUUAUUUCGUAGUGACACGCUCAAUAACCACAUUGAUCGUAAAAGAACUCAGUUGAGCCAACUGCAGCGGCAGCUAAGUGACUUGGAGACUAAUGUGCACGAGCUCAAGUCACAAAAGGUAACUUUGCUCGAAAAGUGUUUCUGCCUGUCUGCUUCAUCUAAUCUAUUCUAUCUUUUUCUUUCAUCUGAAUUUCCAUAGCUUCGAUUGAAAGCUCAGUUGCAGACGAGAACUCACUUAGAACAACAAAAAGCCGAACUCACCGCAAACAACAAUGCCUUUGCAAGGGAAAUUAAGGUAAGUAGAAACAUUUAAGAAAUGCGCCUAUGUGGGGAUAAGGCAAAGAAAGCGUUAGUCGCUAACUGUUCAUUGCUCAUAAAGUUAAUCCUCCCAAGUACAUAUAAUCCUAUGAAAUAAUGCGAUAAUACUAUAAUAUCGUAGUAAUAAGAAUGGCAAUCGAUCUUUGGAGCGCUUUUCUAUUGAGGUUCGUAAAUCCAAAACUGAUUUAAUCGCAACAUUCAAUCAGAGCAAAGGUUAAUAUCACUUGAAACUGCAGAGAACUUCUAGAAGGUACUUGUUAAACGAUGUAAGCGCUGGAGAACGACGAUAACUAAGUUCCGAAUUGUUCUGAUUUUGCUAGUGUUCAGUAAUGAGACGGGGGGGGAGAGGUGCGAGUAUUCUAGAUCAAUCACAUUGCACAAUGAAUGAAUCAAGACCAGUGUCGUCUUUUAUCACUUUUAGCUUUCACUUGACAGUUGCAGAAUGAAAUGUGAGGAAAUUUGGUAAACUGAGUCCUUUUUUCUUGUUUUACUUUCGUUUCACAGGAAGCCGAGGAAGAUUUAGCCCCUAUCGCGGUGAGUGGAAUCGCUUUAUUACUGUGGAGUUUUAUCCACUGCUCUUUCGCAUGAUUUUAAUGAGUUUAAACAAAAAAGAAAAAAGCUUAGGUUUUUGGCGUAUUUUUUAAGGAAAAACUUGAAGAACUGCAGGAGGAAAAACAACGAGUUGUGGGUCAGAAGGAGGCUUCAGAUGACGAAAAUCGCAAGAAGGUAAAUAGCAAGUUUCUGUUUGUUUGAAAAAAAAAGGUACGUGUAGGUUCACAUACGAGAAUGAAUCGCACAGCUUCCGGACCUUUCCCGGCGUCUUGGGGAGGGGUUGGUUGGGAGUGACAUGGAGUAUUUCAUAGAAUGCUAGCCCGCCACAGUUUACCUACCCCACCACCCCACAUAAUUUCGUCAGGUUUGGCUGACAGUUCUGUGGUACCCAUUUAUACUCCUGGGUGAAGAGAGGUAUUGUGGGAACGUAUCCUACCUUAGAACACAACAAAAUGAACGCGGAUGGACUCGAAUCCUGACCUCUCGACCCGGAGGUUAGCGAUCUAAUUAUUAUUAUGCCUCCUCACCUUCCACUUCAUUUGUGUAGCAGAUGAUAUUUUAUACAGUUGCGAGGGGGAAAUCGCUUUGAGGUGUUUUUACUCAAUCAAAUAAAAAAUUCUCUAAGAGUUGUCGUCUAAGCUACUAUAAUUUCUAAAGAGCGGUAAAGACAACCAAAUGGACAAACAACUAAUUAAAGAAGCAACGCUCGUCACCUUUCUAGCUUGCAAAAGAGAACACUUGCUUUAACACGAAAGAUAUAACGUUAUGUAAGAUUAAAUUUAUUAAUAUCUUGGUUUGCAGCUCCAAGAAAUACGAACGAGAGGGGACAAAGUGCGGGAGAAAACUGCUGAAAUAAAAAGGUUAGACGUCAGAUUCGUGAGCAUGUUAUGUCCCAGCAGGUACAGUUGCUUAGAACCGAGGUAUUUAUGCGGAGGGGGAGGGGGGAGUGGGAAGGGGGGACGAAAAUUUUACCCUUUGGUGCUGCUGUUUAGAAAUGUUCCCAUCGGUAAUGAUGGUGCGUCCUCUACCCGACUCCGAUCUGUUUUCGUCUUAACAACAGUUACGAAGAUUAAUAGCACUAAACCGAACUCAUAGCUUCUCAUCAAGAACGUUACAGCAAAUCUGGCCCGAUUAGAGUCCUUCUUGAGUUGCAAUCCUCUUAUUGCGCCGAAGUCGCCCGCAGACACGCAGAUUAUCAGAGUUAAAGACACCGCGGUCACCACAGAUGAUAUAAAUGCCAGGAGUACUAUGGUCCUGAGCGUUCUAUUUCUUCGACCGUUGUCCAUUUCUCUCGAAGAUCUUAGGUUGCGCCAAAUUCUAUACCCAGCCACCGCGUAACUAAAGCAAAUUAGUCCUCCCCAUGUAGAGAGGACCAGAUCUGAGAUAAAGCGCCAAAGCUCCUUAUCUGCGAACAGUACCAGCAAAUUGAACGUAGCAAGGGUUACCGUGAAGACAGCUGUGAAACCUAGCAACACCCAAAUAUUUUGAAGGCGCGGCGACGCGAUUGAAACCUUUGUUGAUUCGAGUAAAACCAGGAGAAGUAUGCUGUAGGCCGAUAGAUUGAAGGCCUUUGAAAAGCUGAACAACACCAGUGCGGUAACAUAGCGCGCCUUGGAAAUUUCUCUUUCUAAGAAGGGGCACCACAGAAGAACUGCAACCUUUACCACGGCAGCCACAAAUAGUUGCGUUGUCGUAAAACGCCGGUAAACGCUCUUGUUAACAGAUCUUGAACUUUGGCGAACAAAAGCAAUUAAACAAGUCACUGCGAAAAUGAUAUACAAUGCCGCAAAAAAAUAAGUAUGAAACUUCCAUGCCCAGUGAUUUAAAAGUUCCUCCACGCUCGUAGAUGACAUAAGGCUCGGCGUGGAAACUAAAUGUGAUGUUUCUUGCGUCCAGGUUUGGUUUUGUUUCAUUUCGUUGCGAUUGUGCGUCGACUUAGACCCAUAGUUUUUUAAUAACGUAUCGCUAUUUGCAGUUGCGCAUGAACAAUUGAUGCAAAUUUGUUCAAUUGCGCGUUCCUUUUCUAAAAUAGAUUGACGUUUUGAAGGCAAACUUUAAUGUCAGUAGAUACAAACAUGUAUUGUGACAGGUUUUACUUCAGAAGUUAACGAUGACUUUCUACACUUAAUGGUCAUGCAAGGAUGCUCAAAAUGAAUGAUGAAAGCUAAAUUCAGUGUAAUGCAGAUUCGUUAAUUAUUAUGCACGCAUUCGGAUUGUUAUUGCUUUUGUUGAGUAGUUUGUGUUUAUUUGUUCUUUUUUUGUUUUAUUUUUAGAUUAACGCGAAUUCGAAAUUGACUUUAUUUAUAUCGUCGGUAUUCCAAUUUAUAACAAGUGCGUUCUAACUUCAGGCGAAGGAGACUUUGAAAAGAGAAUUCAGAACAUCUUUUUGGAAGGUUAUUGCAUUAGCCUUACUUAUCUGGUGUGCUUUACAAUUGCUGAAUCUCUGCUUUAUAGUUAUGUUUCCUGACUGAAAUUAAGGAGGUGACAUCUUUUCAUCAAAAUCGCGUGCUUGGAAUAUUUCAUGGCAAAAACUGCCAAUCAAUAUCAAUUUUUUUUUACUAACAUUGACCUUUUAACAUUAUCUUUCCUUGGUCAUUCUCAAAGAACUGAGACGAGAAAAAUAUUUUCUUUAUUUAAUGAAUAUUCACGAAGUGGUUAUUGAUUGUUGAACUCCAUAAUAAGACCAUUCAUGAUGUAAUUUUUAUUUUAAGUUCAUAUUCCUUACCAUUGUCUUCCUCGAUUGGAUAAGGGCCAACCUGAAAAGGGUUUUGUCGCUACCGACUACGGGAUAAAAUCGGCUUUUCACAAGCGAGGACAUAAUCCCUUGUACCUUUGUCCUUGGUAAAUAUUGAUUGAAAAACCUUAUCAUGUUAAAUAGACAGUGCGCCGAAUUGUAAAGUUUGCGAAUGAAAUCACCACGUAAAUUGAACGCGGCUCUCUGAGAAAGAGUCUAUCGCUAUAUAAAAAAUUACGUUUGAAGGAUUAUAUAUUAACUAUUAGGUAACACUGAAAGGUAAAAUUUAGCAGGAAAAGUUAUUAUAAUUUCAGUUGAGGAUUAUCUUAGUUGUGUCCUCAAGUUGAAAGGCUCGACCUCGUUAACAUUCUGUGUAGCAACCGCUCGAGUAAAAGAAGCGUUAGUUCCUUGGCACGCGCGCUCGAAAGAGGUGCGUUUUUCCUCUUCCCACAACGUCCCUACAAACUCGCGCUCUAGAUUUACGUCACUGAGUGCCCGUCACGCUGGCUUUGUAGUAGCUCCCUCUUUUGAAGAAUUUUUUAAAUUUUCAAUCGACUCGCAUUGUAUUGUUGUUUUGCUAUCUAAUUGCUAUUAUAGUUGAAUUCUUUUUUCGCAACUAAAGUUACUUGUGUGGGAAAGAAAGAACGUCCCACAGGAAUCCCAUGUCUUACUUUGCUGUGAUGAUUUUACUUCCAUAUUCGUUGUCAUCUUCUUAGUUCUCUGUCUUUGGCUCUUCAUCAAAAAAUGUUCCUAACUGUACUGUUGGAGCAUUAUCAACUGAACCUUUUCCAGACUUAGUUCUUACGACAACUCCGAAUAUCAGAAGCACAAUUGUAAACUCGCAGCUCUGGAGCAAAAAUGCUAUCGUAUAUCUCUCCCAGAUUUCCUUUUCGGUGACCGCCACUGAUGACAUUUCGUAAAAGCUGGCAGCGAGGCAGACGUCGAGAAUUAGAAAUACUGCAGUGAUCCACGGUGCUACGAAUACAAGGAAGGUUAUGUUUCUGAGCUUUCGAUCUCCCGAAGAUGUUCCGAGCUGUCGCGAUGACUUCAGGUUUCGCCACAUCCUGCGUCCUGCUAUUAGGUAACCAACGCAGAUGAAUAUUCCCCAGCCAAGAAUUGUCACAUAGGAUACGAGGUACCAAACUUCUCUGACGUACAGCACCAACAGGUUGAAUGUGAGCAUAAUUACGGUCGGAACCACUGUAAAUCCGAGCAACACCCAAAUAUUUUGGAGCCUCGGUGGAGCUAAUGAUAUUUUGGUUGAUUCCAGCAAUAUGAGGAGAAGAAUGCUAAAAGCAGUCAGAAUCAGCGCCACCGAGACACAAUCUACAAGUAGUGUUAUUAAUACUAUUUCAGUUGCUUCACCGUCUAACAGCAGAGGGGACCAAAAUAGCGCGACUUCUUUCAAAGCCGCUGCCACAAACAGUUGAACAGUUGUAAAGCGACUGUGGAUGCUCCGACUGCUUGAUGGCUGCUUACAUUGUCGAACGAUGAAAACAAGGCAGCAAAGCGAAAAAAUACCAAAAGCAAUGCCAAAGAAAUAAGAGAAAAACUUAAAAGCCCAGUGGUCCAAGACGUACCUCCCUUCCGACGGACGUGUUGUCGUGUUGAUGAGAUCUGUGAACGAGUCGAACGUCGAGUUCUCGUUGUGCUGCAUGUUGCAUCCGUGCGCUCAAGUUUAACAAUCGUUUACCAUCAGCAUUUACAGUGCAAGCCGUUUUAGCAUAUGUUAAGUCGUUUUCCAUGCAAUCGUUUCUAUUCUUUUGUUUAAGCACCUUAAUUGAGUUUUAUUUGUUUUUUUUUUCUUUUUAAUGGGCCCAACGGGGAUAUUAAUUUUUCUUUGUGUCAAUGGUAAAUACAGAUGGUAGAGCAAUAUCCCUUGUCGUUUUGUUUUUCAGCAAUUACGUUCUCAUCCACCGUCAAUCAAACCGACUCUUAUUAUUUCAGAAGGGUUCACUUCGAUCCAAUUUUUUCUUCUUUUGUGAAGGAAUAUUUAUCUCUGUGGUCUUUGUUAUCUUAAUUGAAAGCAGUGUGACAUGUUGUCGCCAGUUUGAAGUAAUGAUAUUGAAGCUAAAAUGAACCGCAAAAUUUUAAAUUUUGUUUGAAAGCUUUCUCUGAGUGCAGAUAAAUCACAUGCAGAUGCAUAUUAUUCUUUUUUUUAACUCAAUACUGGAUUUCCCUUGAAAUAACAGCUAAAAGAACAAUGUGUAUUGCAUAAAUUGAAUUUGAAAAAAUUACGUAAAAAGUCAAUUUCCGGUUCUUGUCUUUUUAAAUAACUUGGCACGUUUAUUAUUUAUUAUUGCUCAAAAAUUUAUGGACAACUCAACAAACUUAGUGGUCAAACCUCGAAGAAAUCGUGUCCUAAAAAUAUUAGUAUCGGUUAUACCUCAAAGUAUUAUAGUUGGAGUUUAACUACCACAGUAAAACUGCCGGCGUGCAAUUUAUUAGCUCUCAAAGGAGCCGUCAGAAGUGACAUGUUUAAUAUUUGCCUUGUACUAGCACAAGAAACCUGCUGCCUCAUUGCUUUUCUUAACAACUUCAGCAAUGGAAGCAACAUCGUCAAUGACAGAGUUUUUGCAUGGACUCAUGCAAUUAACUUUAAUUCUGAACCACGUUGACUUUUUAAACAAUCACGAAUUAUCUUUAGGUUUCCUUUUAUUUCAAAUGUUAUUGUUUAGUUAUAUUCUUAAGAUGUUAUGUAAACUUAAUCCGAUCCUUACUUAUGAGAAGGUUACCACCUGCUUUACGUACAUCGAAUGGGUGAGUAGUUGGGUGUGUGUGUGUGUGUGUGUGUGUGCGGGGGAGGGGGAGGGGUGGUACAAUCAUUCUCACCCCAAACGGGAAAGAGCAUUUUACCAGCGAAUGGUAUUGAUGUACCAACCUCUAUUACUAUUAGAGAGACGUUAUCUGAAUCUUCAUUGAAUGUCUAAACUCUAACUUUAUGCGGUGAAUUGUUAAUUCAGGGUUUUUUUUUUAAGGUACGUGAGCGAUGGAGGCACAACGGCCUUACAGGAAAACGAGGCUCGUUUACGAGAAGUGGAAGGUAGAGCAGACAAACUGAAAUCGGAGAAAGAAGCUGUGUCUUCUGAAAUCGAUAAACUGAAGAACGACAUUUCCAAGCAACAGGUUAGCCUUUAAAAUUUUUGUCUUCAAAAAUAUAAAUAUGAUUCGAUGGAAUGUUUUUUCCUUUUCCAAUUGCCUAUUAGGAGCCCGCCGUGCGAGUUAGCUUGAAAAUAGCUGCCUACAAAUUAUCGACAGCUCAUGCACGAGAGCGUCAUGCGUAGUUGUUUCCACACUCUCUCUUAAAAAGUGGCAGAUUGAUUGCAUUGCGUGCCUGGUAGAGAACAUUAGUAUAAAAAAUGCAGAGGGUAUUCGAAUAAUCAAUGAUUGAUAGCCUGUAAAUCAUAAAUAACUUUUUUAUUUAUGAUGAACUUCAAACAAUUUGUUCAUUCGUUACCCAUAUCCUUUUCAGAUUUCUCUUUUUUCGAUAAAAUAUGGCUAAGCUAAUGAAUGUAAUAACUAAAACAACAGUUUGUACUCUGCGGAGAAGUGAUUCUUGUACCAAAUUCCCCAAGUCACUAAAGGAGAUAGUCCAGAUUCAAAACUACGAGAUGUUUUAAACUUUGUUGACAGAUACGGGCCCGUGAACUUGAGGACAACAUUCAGUUGAAGAGUACCCAGGAAGAAAUUCAAAAUAUCGACAAGAAAAUGGCAGAUGUUUACAAAGAACUGCGUAAGUUUGGCGACCACCAGGACCUUGCUAGGUAAGAGACAAGGAAAAGCUGCCUAAAGUCCCUUUAGGUUUUUUCUUUCAGUUAUGCUAGGUUUUCGGUUCUUUUAGGAGUCAAAUAAACUCUCGAUUGCUUCAGUGUUCCAAAAAGGGAGUUACGUGAGGAGUCACAUGGAAUAUCAAGUUUUUCUUUCUGUGCGUGCCCAUCUCCCAAGACACAAUUGAAAAGCUUGCCAUCACUUUCCAAUUGCGUGGAGUACUCCGUGGUUUCCACGCUGAAGACAGGCUGAGAUUAUCUUUCUUUCCAUGAACGAUCUUUGGGUAGAUCGACGUAGGGAAAACUGUCAAUUUUAUUAACAGGAAGAAACAAACGACAAGGGGAAUGUAUUCAGCUCAGAAGCACAAAAAUGGUUCUGGAGACAUUUUGAGAAUGAUUCACCGUGACACUGUCUUGAGCAUGUACAUCUAAAUUUUCAAUCUCUCUGGGCCGUCUCGAGACAUGUGAAAGUUUGAAUGAAUGGAACUGGUUUGCACUUUUCUAUAAAAUGAUUGAUUCUAAAAAAACUACGGCUUCUUUUCAUUUUAGUGAGAGGCAAGAAUUGCAACAGCGAUCUGACGAUCUAAGGAAAGAGGUAACUGCGCGCAUUACAUUGUAUAAACCACAGGGAAAGUAUCGGUUUAUCGAGGAGAUUUUAACUUAUCAUCCAGAAUAGAUCUUAUCUCAAAGGGCUGAUGACAGUAAUGGCUGUGCAAAUGAAAUGUAUACUUAAACGGUUAAUUUUUCUCGUGCCUCUUAUCACAGACAUUUGUUUUAGCAAGCUUUCGUUGACAGUUGCAAAGCAAAGAAAAAGCGUUCGUUGUAUAUAAUGUCCCUCCAGGGAAAGUAGUUAAGGGGAACUUGCUAGACUACAAUAUGUUUUAAAUCCUUAAUAAUUUUCUUUGUAAAUAUCAAUGCUUAUAUCGAAACUGGCAGUUCCCAACACCUGGCAUGGAAAACAAAGGCAAGGAAGAAUCCUGGUGUUGAUGCCGAUAGCUUUUCUCGAUGGAAGCAAUUGAAAAAGAAAUCGACAGCGCUGUUUAAAGAAAAUUGGGGAGAUAUUCAUUUUAAUAUUCAUAUUUACAGAAGUUUUCUGAUCAAUUUUCUUAUGACAUACUUGACCUGUUUUCAGAAAGCGCACCACGAAGGGCGACUUACAGGUUACGAGGAUGACCUGAGGCGGUGCCAAAAGGAGUUGCACAGUGACUUGUUUAAAAAUGCUGAGGAGAAACACAGACAAAAAGUCAUCGCUAUGAAGGUGAGUGAUACAGGCAAUAACUAGUGAUUCGCCCACCUCAAUAGGUAUAAUAGUCUUCAAAUGGUCAGUGCGCAGGUGGUACUUUUUCUCCCAACGUCUUUUGUACUUAGCACGUAGGGAACAAGUGAGAUGAUUCAAUUUUCGAUUCUUUGCACAUUUUCAUUUGAAAUUCUCAACGCUAAUUGUAGCUUACGUAUAAUUUAGUCCUUGGAAUUUUUGUUUUUAGAGGCCUAUUUUCUCUUGCCAUGGCGGAUAACCAUAUACAAUGCUUCGUUAACGCGUUCGUCCGCGCACCUAAAGUCAAACGUCCCUUUCUAACAUGUGAGAGACGUUUAAAAACUUAAAACCAUGUUGGGCUGUGCGUGCGCAGAAUGCAUGAUUUCAAAGUAUUUGGCAGAUUGAGUUCCUCCAAUUUCCUCCAACUGAAAGUGAACGUAAUCGCUUAAUUUUGUGACACGUGGUUUUAAGCCCCGUAUGUCUGGUUGGGUAGCUUUGCAAAGCUUUUAACCGUUGUUACUACUUUGCAGACCACUGAAAUGGCAAAUGAUGACCUUGGAAAGUACUACAAGGCUCUUGACAGGUUGGCGAUCUUCUUCAUUAGUGUGGUUAACUAAUUAGGCAGCCCUUUUUUCUGGGACAUUGGUUCUAGUCUCGUCAUCUAGUUCUUACUACUUUUUCUUUUUAGUUUAUUGAUUUUUAAUUGAAAGUUUGUUGUUAUUUAAGAUGUUCAUUUUAAUUUAAUUCUAGCAAAUACGAGUUAUACUCAAGCAUUAUGUUUUUCUGGGCUUUUGUUGUUAUUGUUGUUGUUCUUUGGUCUCAGUUGUUUCAUCAGUCAAUAGCGACGACGCACUCAGAACAAGAUUGUUCAUUUACGCUGUGGGAGUGUGUUCCUUUAGAUGUUUUCAAUGCCAUCGACUUAUUUGCUUUGCAUUCUCCCAAUCAGGACAAAUGUCAUGCGCACUCACGUAGCGCAGGUCACAUUUCUUAACUCAACAGUAACAUUCAGUUUUUAACGACUGGUGUAUUCUAGGGCCAUUAUGCGAUAUCACGGAAUUAAAAUGGCUGAGAUCAACAAAAUUAUCAAAGAGUAUUGGAUCAACACAUACAAGGGGAAUGGUAAGAACACAUAACUCGAGUCCAGUCUGUUAAGCCUGCUAUUUUCCUGUUUUCCCAUAUGGAAGGUCUUUAAGAGAGUUUACAGGUCAGAUAAGCGAGUCUCUUAGACAUGCUCUCAAUUCGCUUCUGCGCUAAUUUCAUUAAAAGCCGGUUACGGGUGGUCUACUGCUGCCCAUAAGACCUCUUACCGCCGUCUGUUCAGCCUGCAAGCAGGCUCUGUGUUUGGGUUUCGCCUUACAGCCCCUGUUUCCCUAUUACAUCAUCGGCAGCCGGCUUAUGGGGAAAAAAUUGAAACCCUGGCUUCUCAUCGAUAGGCCAUUCAAACAUGAUAUAUUUCGUAUAUCAUAUGUGGUAAUGGCCGUAUCUCACAUCAUAUCACUCGUCUGUCAUUUUGAGAAUAUUCUUUUGUAAUUUUGCUGGACCAAGUAUUCAGACGAAAAGGUCGUUUUCUGUUUACCCGUUCCAGUCCAAUUGAUUGAACUAUAGAAGGAGCUUGUUACAGUGUAAACGUUACAGUGGUGACAAUUUUGUCAAUGCAGACUCGAUAGACCUAAUACAGCUGUCACUGUAAUUUAUAGUUCGGUCAAAAAUCUCCUCUAAUCGUUUUUCUGUAGAUAUCGAUACAAUUGAAAUUCGUGCAGACGAGGAAGAAGUAAGUGGAGCGAUUAAAGCACGACGGACGUAUAACUACAGGGUAAAAAGCUUUGUUUUCUUUUCACCUUACCCUAGGUAAUCUUGGUAAAUUAGUUUUUUCGAGAAGAAGAGUCCUCCUCUUCAUCAUUUUAUGUGAAACAGUCUCGUCAUUUUAUCAGCGGACUACGAAGAUUCUGACUAGUAUUUAUCCCCUUAGGCUUCAAAGUUCUACCCAAUUAUUUAGGAGUCUUAUGUAAAAUAACAACCCUAAGCUGAUAAGAUGGCCAAUUCUAAUAAUUUUUUAGCUGGAUAAUGUAUUGAAAUUGCCAGAGAUGUUGUAUUUUUUGGUAACUUCUGGUGGUUGGUGGAUAUUUCUAACGAUUUAUGUUGUUGGUAAGGAUUCACAAGCGAGAACGUGAGGAGUGCAGACACAAUUCAGCUUUGUGGUCCCUCGGAGUUAAAUAAAUCUUUGUUUUUUACUUUUUUAUCAGGUAGUUAUGAUUAAAGGAGACACAGCACUGGACAUGAGAGGACGCUGUAGCGCUGGACAAAAGGUUUGUCUGUUCGCUUAUUGCUUUUGACGGGCGCAGUAUCUGAGCAUUGCAGGCUUGAAUCGGAUGCUCAAGACCCCACGAAACAUCAGCUUCGUAUACUUUUUUAUGGAAGUGAAAUCCUUAACACGUUGAACUUUCAAUCUCGGCGGCAACUGGCGGCAAUCGUCCAUCGAACGAUUGCAUUGGAACCUUUUUUUCUGUUUUCUUUAUACCUGAAGUGUGCCUGUGUCAUAUUUUCUAAAUUUUUUUUUCUGGUACACUGUCGAUUUAGCUGCAUUGGAGAAUUGACGUAAUGGCAAGCCACCCAAUUCAGUAAAGUUUUGAUGCUCUCUGUCACCUUGAAAUGCUUUUGUUCUCUCUCUUUUCUACUCCUCCCUUGAACUUCGAAAUCGUAAUAGUGUACGACGAAUGAGAAGUGACCUUUGACUUUCUGAAGGAUAUAGGAUUGUGUUUUGCUGGUACAGUAUAUUUAACCGGAGACCGUUGGGAAAAAUUUCUUUGAAUUUGGUUUUUUACCUUUUUACAAACCCUCUCUUAGAUUUUCGUCCGCUGCUAUUUUGCUUUCACAGGUUCUGGCAUCGUUGAUAAUCAGAUUAGCUCUAGCAGAAACAUUCUGUCUGAACUGCGGUAUUUUAACUCUCGACGAGCCGACUACAAAUUUGGAUGAAGAUAACAUAGAGAGUCUUGCUAACCAAUUGGCAGCGUGAGUUUCUCUUUACAAAACUGUUCAUUUUACGAUGCUGUUAAUAGUCUAGUGUUUCGAUCUUUUGCACGAUUUUUAUCGCUUCAUUGUUGAUAGAUUUGUUUUAACUUAAAAGUUUUGAUCAGCCACCCGCAAUUGUCUAUAGACAGUUCUCGAGUCAUCUCAGUUUGUGGGUGUGUGUUUUUAAUUUCAAUCAUGUCAUAAGAUUCUACAGGACCCAAAUUUUGUGAUGUGGGUUCCCUUUCAAAAAAAGAACUGUCCUUGUCAGUAUCAUGAGAACUGUAAAUCAAUAGCUUCUUUAGGUAACAAUCACUUCUUUAGUUCUCAUGAACAUAAUGUUGCAUUCAGAAGUGACGCUGUUGGGAGAAAUUAGAUUUCUGUCACUCUUAUGGGCUAAAUGUUAAGGAGAGUCAUUGAGCCAGUCUUACUCAUAUCGUUACCUGUAUCUCAUUAAAUUGUUUCAGCGUCAUCAGAACCAGACAUCUGCAGAGAAACUUUCAACUUGUAAUCAUCACUCAUGAUGAAGAAUUUGUAGAAAAUCUUGGGAGGAGCGACUUUGUAGACUACUACUUCAGGAUAUACAAGGAUGAAAAGUAA